CCCGUCAUGCAGCCGGCAACACGCUGGCUGCACUGAGAGACAACCGUCAGAUAUGCUUCAGUCGUUAUUGCAGCCAAGGGAAAACCAGCGGUCAAAAAUGAUCGGCGCGAUGCCAGCAGUGGCCGUAAGGCAUGAGAGGCGGCGGGCGGAGAAACGGGGCGGUGGUCGCAGACCGUCGCAGCUCCCGCUGCAGCUCGGCCGACCCAUGGACGCCGAUGGCACACCCUCGCCAGACCACAAUCGGCUCCGGAACGAGCUCUAUGUCUGCGGAAAGGUUUCCCAGGUGGCGGCGUUACAUGCAGUGGUAGGAUCGCUGCUGCUGGGCAUCGUCGUGCUGGUGGUGGGGUUGGUACAACUCUCACCUGGUGCGGAGGCAGCACAGCAUCGGUUCUACCUGAUGGGGACCGGUGCUGCUCUAGUUGGAUCAGGCAUCCUUGGGGCCGUGUUAAGAUGCUUAUGCCUUCACUGGUACAACCGAAGAUUCCGCGAAGAGUACGACGAUGAACCCGAGCCCACCACUCACAAGAACGGCGUCAGCGUGGUCGAGAGCGGCCACGGCCACCACCACAAAUCCGACCACAAGACACCGGACAAAGUCACGCAGGAAAAAGCCGGCCAAGACAAGCCCAAGUUGAAAACUCAAGCUAGUGUGGGCAAAGACUUCGACUUAAUCAAACAACCAUCCGCGACCAGCGACACAUAAGCUAAGAUUUGAC